AUGGACCCACGAACGCUCAAGCGGUCAUUAGCAGACCUCGUCGCCCGGUCUCAACCAUAUAUCCAAAAAGUUAACAGUCAUGUCCAAGCAUCACGGCAUCAUUGCUCAUCCUUCUCCAAAUCCGCCCAGCAUCAAGUCGAAAAGCUUCUCGAGGAAUUUCGUGGCAAGGAAAUCCUUCCUGCCGUCCUUCUACUUAUUUUCCUCGUACUCGGCCUAUCUUCGUACCUUCGUAGCCGACGCAAGCGCAAUAACACACGUCCAUCAACACCUACCAUUGAAAAAGCGUCCUCACCUUUCGCCAAACCCACCCGCAAGCCGGGAACAUGGGAACCCUCCUCCUUCACCCGCCCAACUCCUCCCCCCUACCCAAACUGGUCCAUAACAGAAACGAAGCCCCUACCCUAUCGGCCAUUCAGAUACGGCCCCAAGUACUUUGUGACCAUGGGGCUUCGCAACGUCAAUUACGACGAUUGGAUCGAGCUCGACAACCACUACCCGCGCUUCCACGACGACAAGGCACGGCGCAUCAUCGAACGCGGUCCCAAAUGCUGCAGGACCUCUCCAGAAGCCCUCCCCGCGGCUCUCGAACUUCUCGACGAGCUGGCUUCGUACCUGCCCGCGCGCUACCCGACCCUGUAUAAACGCACGGAGACGGGGAUCUUGAACCUCUGGUCGAACGAACACAUCGACACCACGUCCCGGCCGCUGCCAGAAGACCCGAUGCAGUCCUGCGCCCGACUCACCCAGGACGACCUGGCCAUCAUGAUCGAGCGCCCCGACGGCCAAUACUACCUCCUCGCCGGCGCCAUCCUGCUCGCCGGGUUCUGGAGGCUCGAGGACAAGAUAGGCAUGCCCCUGUCCGAGAUCCACACGUCGGGCGACGUGCCCCAGUUCCGCGAGAAGCUCGAAAAGGGCAUGAUGAACUUCUUCCGCCGGCUGAAGCCGGAGGAGCUCGUCGCGCGCAACAACUACUUCCUCCAGGUCGACGACGAGCUCGCGUGGAGCCACUCGAUCGGCUCCGAGGACAGCGACGGCAUCAGCUGGAACACGGCCGAGAAGAACCGGGCCAUCGAGCACCACUUCUUCCGGUCCGAGCGGCAGACGCUGCGCCGCCUGCCCAAGUCCGGCGGCGUCGUCUUCACCAUCCGCACCUACUUCCACCCCGUCACCGAGAUCGCCGGCGAGGACUACGUGCCCGGCCGGCUCGCCAGCGCCGUCCGGAGCUGGGGCUCCGACGUGUCGCGGUACAAGGGCAAGGAAAAGUACGCCGACGUCCUGCUGGAGUACCUGGACGGGAAGCACAAGGAGCAACUCGACAGGGGGUUGAAGUUGGAGGAGGAAGACGACAAGAGAAGUUACCCUUGGUGAUCACAUGUGCAUGCAAUGCUUCGCUUUGACUUGGAUCACCAUUGGUUAGGGGCUAGCUUUCCAUAAGUGUCCCCCCACAAGAUUGUAUUUACCAUUACCAUCAGCGUCGUUGAUUUCAUCAAACGCACUUUACUCAACUACUACGAGUACGGCACAGCUUUAUACAUAG